AACGCCAACCUCAGCAGCAGCAGCAGCAGCAGCCCGCCCCCUCCCGCCACCCCGCAGGUGAAUAAUAGGCCGCUGAUCCCGCCUGUGGAGAUGAGGUGAUAAAGGAGGAGGCAGGCAGCUUCCAGGAAACGCUCCCCGCCGGCGGCCGCCUCUUUUCGCAACUAGCGCUACUCCGCUCGCUUUCCUCCAGCCGUGAAACGAACACCACGCCAAGCCGCCGCCGCAGCAGAGGCGCGUCCGCCGCCUUUCCAGCCAGUCGGAGGGGCUUUGGUGGCUCCUUCUCCCACCUCGGCCAAGGACGCUCGGCUGGAGUGCCACGAAGGGAGUCCCCGGUGGAGAAAAAGAGCCGGAGUCCCCGUGCGUCCUGUUACGUCUGGGCUGAGCUUGCGUUUGCGCGCCCGGCUGAGCGUUUUCCUUUUCUCAGGUGAGCCUCAAGCGAAGCUUUUUGGAGAUCGGGUGGUGGAGUCGGGGGAGCGCUCUGUUCUCCCGCUGGGGCCGGUGCAUGAGAUCGUGGGGGACGCCGACGAAGCACUUUCUGACUGUCUUUCUCCCCCUCGCAGUAGAGGAAACGGGUCUAAUACGUGGUGAAAUGGAAAUCUGCGCAUUCCGAAAGGAUUGAGUUAACAGACUUCUCCAAGUCAAACAGAAAAUUGCAAGCCUCUAGUACAAGCAAAUUUUCAAACCUUUUCAGGCUUAACACAAAAUUGCCAAAGGCUUCCUGCUGAAAAUCAAGAUGGCAUUUGAUCAGCGGCCACCUCCAUAUUAUGAAAAUUAUGCCUAUCAGCCAGAAAACAUGGUUCCUCCAAGUCACAUUAGUGGUUAUUACAACCAUCCACCUCCAUAUUAUCCACCAUCAGUGCCACGUUAUGUUCAAAGAGUUCCUACUGAACAGUCCACUCCAGUGCCAGCAAUAACACAGCCAGUGUCUUCAUCUACAAAAAUCUGCACACCAAGAAUCAGGAAAACUCUGUGCCUCAUUUUAUUCAUUACAAUAAUACUGCUGGGAGCUGCAAUUGCAGGUGUCCUCAUCUGGUUCUAUGCGACAGACAGUUGUUCUGGCUCUAAGAUACACUGUGGCACUGCAGGAGUAUGUGUAACACCAUCUCAGUGGUGUGAUGGAGUGAAUGAUUGCCCUAAUGGUGAAGAUGAAAAUCGUUGUGUUAGGCUUUAUGGACCACAACGUAUCCUGCAAGUCUAUUCAUCUGAAAACAAAGGCUGGUAUCCUGUAUGCCAUGACGACUGGAAUGAUGACCAUGGGAUUACCGCUUGUGCAGACAUGGGAUAUAAGAAGAACCUGUAUUACAAGAGUCAGGGAAUACGUGUCACUGGAUCUCCGAGCUUUCUGAGGCUGAAUAAAAGUGCUGGGAAUAUAGACUUGUAUAAGAAGUUGUAUAACAGCUACUGGUGUCCUUCAAGAAGUGUAGUCUCUCUACAGUGCAUAAACUGUGGGGUUUCCAGGAAACGUGUAAAUGCUCGAAACAGAAUUGUUGGUGGAAGUGCUGCCACCUUGGGGGAAUGGCCGUGGCAAGUCAGCCUUCAUUUCCACAACAGCCAUCUCUGUGGAGGUUCCAUUAUCACUCCUGAAUGGAUAGUAACAGCUGCUCACUGUGUAGAUGGGUCAUAUUCUGAUUCAUACCACUGGAAGGUUUAUGCUGGGAUUUUGACACAAAAGGAAAUGUUUUCUUUCAAGGCACUCCGCAUAGCCAAAAUAAUUUCCCAUCCAAACUAUGAUACAACUACUAAAAAUAAUGAUGUUGCUCUUAUGAAGUUACAGUCUCCUCUCCAUUUUAAUGAAUGGACAGGGCCAGUUUGUUUGCCCAACCCUGGAAUGAUGUUUGAGCCUGAACAAAAAUGUUGGAUAACUGGAUGGGGAGCACAACGCUUUGGAGGUAACACUUCAAACAAUCUGAAUGCAGCAGAUGUACCUUUGAUUGAACCUUCUACAUGCAAUAAUAUGUAUGUCUAUCAAGGAAAAGUUUUGCCUACAAUGAUUUGUGCUGGUUACCUAAAAGGAAAAGUAGAUUCCUGUCAGGGAGACAGUGGUGGUCCAUUGGUAACUGUGAAAAAUACUUUGUGGUGGUUAGUAGGUGACACAAGUUGGGGCUCGGGCUGUGCUGCUCAAAAUAGGCCUGGAGUUUAUGGUAACAUGACUCAGUUCACAGACUGGAUAUACAGAAAUAUGCAGGCAAACCAAUGACAACAGCAUUCUGUUAUGUGACACCCUUGUGGAAUGAAUGGUGCCUCGUUGAUGCAUCUGACGACUUUUAUCAUCUUCAUAAUUCCUGUAUUGUGUCCUUCUAAAAAUGGCUUCUAGGUCCUCAACACUUCAUAUUUUGAAUAUAACCUCAGUGUUUGCAAACUGUGCCAUUUGCACUGACUGUAUAUCAAACAUAGGCUUUUACAAAAGCCUGUAUUCCUUAAUAUGGUCCCUUGGAUGGCUAACACACCUUUUAAGCAACUUUUUUAAACUGUAGCUUCCAUAGUUUCUGAGAAAUCCCAGCCAGGUUUUUAAGUUAUAAUCACAUUUUGAACUUUACUGUAUCCAUGAUGUGUUCAAAAUAUAAGCACAGCAUCUUGUUGCUUAUGUCCUUGGUGGUAUUUAAUAUUUUGUUAGUGUGAGUGUCUGGGCUGCUGGCUAGCCCAGGUUUUCAAGUCUGAAGAUAAAUGACAUGGUGAAUGUUCUAAUGUUACAUGCGCAAGGAAGCAUUUUUCCAAAAUACUACUGAGGCACAAAAAAACGCCUCACAUUCUCAGGUAUCAAAAUGCCCUCAUGCUGUUAGGUGUUACAUUGGUUUUAAAAUCAAGUAUGUAUUUGAUCUGAACUAAAUUUCCCCCUUUCUCCAAAUGUGUAAAACUACAAUCAAUAUUUGGUUCAGUAUAAUAAGUGGAAAAAACUGAACUUCACUUUGGGCUGAUUGUCAGUAGCCUCCAACCAGUCCACUUGUCACAUGAGGGGCAUAUGUAUGUCUAUCUUCUCUCCAUGUGCUGUGCUGUGCUGUCCCUGCAUUGGAGAAUGGAGUGGAAUUGCCCAAACCCUCUCCAGUCACACAGUUUAAAAGUAGCAUUUCUUUCUACUUAAAGCAGUAGACAGAAAUGCUACUUUUAUAGUAGUAUUUAAACCACCCAGGGGCAGUUCGGAUGUUCCCCCCGCCCAUGCAACCUGGUGGGAACAGAACAGUGUGCCAAGUAGGAAGGAUAUGUGCAUGCACUUGUUUGUUGUGGGAGUGGUUGGACAAAGGUGUUCUGAACUGCCCCUUUGAUACAGAUUUUUCAAGAUCUCUAUACCUGAUACAGAAAUAAACUAAAUGCAGAGUGAUAGGUAUUUUGACUGAGUAUUGCUAGAUGCAUCUUGAUGUAGGAACUUGCACUUGCAAAGAAGGGACUAAUUCAACGCUUCCCUGGGCCCUUUCCUAUGCAAAUAACAGGCUUGUGUUGAAGCUGUACUAGAUGCAAUUUACUUCUGAACCUGCCAAUUUCAAAUGUUAUGAACAGGAAAGUAAAAAUUGAGCUGAAGAAAGUAAUAACAAUCACUGUGACUACCUCAUUUUGUAAAGUAUUGAUAAACUCGUUAAGCAGGAAAAUAUUUUGGUAAUCUUGUUUUUAAAUUAAUACCUUUUUGUGUAAGAAUUAUGGUUUUAAUAAUGAAAGCAGAAGCAAACAUUUCAAUAUGUAUCUAUUUGCAUAGCAAAACUGAUUGUAAUGAAAUCUGAUACUGUUUGUCUCCUUUUUCCAAUGAACUGACAAAAGCAAUAAUGCUGCUAUUGAAAUGCACUUUAAAAAAUAUACUUUGUUUCUGGAAAAACAUUCCUUCAGGUUUCCAAGAUGCAUUAAAUUAUAUACUAAAGUGCCACUCAAAUGAUUAUUUAAAGUUGACAUAAUAGUAAAACAAGAAAAAUUACUUUUAAAUGAUGCAGAAUUUUUAGGUUAUUCAAGAAAUGUUUGUUAGCUUCAGAGAUGACCCAUAACACACACACUCAUGUAUUUGGGAGAUUUAAAGAAUAAACAUUUUUACAAACAUG